UACUAACACUCGCUGAUUAACAAGCUAAUUAGUGGGAAAAACACACGCACUCUCGACAAUCAUCAUCAGUUGACGAUCGAUGAUGGUGGUGAUGGUAGAGAUCACGCGGCGCGCGGUGCUGAGGCCCCCGCCGUCGUUGGCGAGCGGCGGCGGCAGGAAGGUCCCGCUCACCGCCUUCGACCACGCCUCCACUGACGGCUACAUCCCGGCCGUCUUCGCCUGGGACGCGCUGGCCGCGCCGGAUAACGACGCGGUGGUGGACGGGCUCCUCGUGGCCGUCGCUAAGUACCCGCAUCUCGCGGGGAGGAUGGACGUCGAUGGCAGCGGCAGGAAGCGCUUCCACCUCAACGACGCCGGGGUGCUCGUCGUCGAGGCAACCGCCGACGCGGACCUCGCCGACGCGCUGGCGCACGACGUGCCCGCGCACAUCAACGAGCUGUACCCAAAUGCUGAUAAGGAACGUGCCGACGAGCCGCUGUUCCAGGUGCAGCUCACGCGGUUCAAGUGCGGCGGGUUGGUGAUCGGCACCGCGUGCCAGCACCUUGUAGCCGACGGGCAGUCCAUGAGCUUCUUCUUCAACGCGUGGGCCAUCGCCACGCGCACCGGCCCGGCGAUCCUCUCGUCUCCCUUCACUGACCGUGCGGCCAUCGCCGUACCCCGCAGCCAGCCGGAGCCCAAGUUCGACCACCGGAACAUCGAGUUUAGGGGAGAGCAGAGCCCGAGCCACUCCUACGCCGUACUCCCCAUGGACAGGAUCAAGAACCUCUCCGUACACUUCUCGGAGGAGUUCGUGGCCGGGCUCAAGGCCCGCGUCAGCGGGCGGUGCAGCACAUUCCAGUGCCUCCUUGCGCACGCGUGGAAGAAGGUCACGGCGGCGCGGGACCUCGUGCUGGACGACUUCACGCAUGUCAGAGUCGCCGUGAACUGCAGGAGUCGCGCCAACCCUCCCGUGCCAAUGGACUUCUUCGGCAACAUGGUGCUGUGGGCGUUCCCGCGGAUGCGUGUCCGGGACCUGCUUUCCUCGAGCUACGCCUCGGUGGUCGGCGUCAUCCGCGAUGCCGUAGCACGCGUCGAUGCGGACUACAUCCAGUCAUUCGUCGACUUUGGGGAGCUGGCGGAACGCGCCGGGGAGGAGCUGGCGUCCACGGCGGCGACGCCGGGCACGGCGUUCUGCCCGGACCUUGAGGUGGACAGCUGGCUUGGCUUCAAGUUCCACAACCUCGACUUUGGCGGUGGGCCGCCGUGCGCGUUCCUGCCGCCGGAUCUGCCCAUCGAGGGGCUCAUGAUCUUCGUGCCGUCGUGCUCUGCCAAGGGCGGCGUCGACCUCUUCAUGGCGCUCGACGAAGAGCGGGUCGAUGCCUUCAAGCAGAUCUGCUACUCCAUGGACUAAUAGGUCACGCCGAAGUAUAUAUGUUUGCACAACAAUACAAACAUGACGUGUAUGCAUGGUAUAUAUGCAACAACCAAGUUAGCAAUACUGCAGGGAUGUCUACGUGCAUACGUGUACAUUUCGUAUUACAUGUACAUGUAUGACUCGAGUCUAUGAUGUAUAGUAGUUGUCUACGGAUCAACUGAUGUCACAUGUGUUGUGUACUUGUCUAAGCCGACGAGAUCGAAAUAGUAUACAUAUUACUAUUCCCAAUGGUAAGUACUAAAUGUGUGUCUCUUUUUACAAUGAAAUACUAAAUGUUUGUCA